AUGGGCUCCAUUCCUGAAAGAACCCCUCUAGACGUCUCCGUCGCCGUCCAGGCCAACGAUGCCAAGAGCGUGGCAGAACUAUCCGACGCCGUAGGCUCCCUCGGCAGGACAUUCUCUCCCGAGAACGAAGAAGGCCGUCUUCAGCUACUGAAGCAGACGAGAUCGUUGCUCCAGGCUCUCGAGACACCACGCGAGACCAUGAUCAAGCACUGCUGGGCCCAGCCUUCCGUCAGCUUCGUCAUCGCCACAGGCAUCGAGUCGGGUCUUUUCAGCUACAUGGCGCAGAACCCUGGUCCCAAGAGGGUGGACCAGCUCAGCAAAGCCCUUAGCUUCGACCACGACGUCCUUUCGCGUACGAUGCGCCACCUCGGUUCGAUGGGAUACUUGAAGGAAGUCGGGCCAGACAAGUACGAAGCCACAAACUUUGCCAAGUCUCUGAGUCUUCCCAUCAUUGCAGGCGGGUAUUCUUGCAUCGUUGGCGGCUGCUGGCCUACCUUCAGCAACUUCCCGUCGUACCUCAAGAAGCACAACUGGUCGAUUCCUGCCGAUCCGACUGAAGGCCCGUUGCAGGACGUCGUGGGAAAGGACAGCAACUUCUUCAAGCACAUGAUGACCAACUACCCCGGAGGCGAAUUCCAGAGCCACAUGGCUGGGUACAGGCAGGGCAGGCCGUCGUGGAUGGACGACAGGUUUUACCCGGUUGCCGAAAGACUCAUCCGGGGCGCAGACAGGUCCGCAGACGCGGCUUUCCUCGUCGACAUCGGCGGCAGCAUCGGCCACGACCUGGACGAGUUCUGCCGCAAGCACCCGGACGCCCCCGGUCGACACAUCCUCCAGGACCUCCCGCACGUGCUCUCCCAGAUCCAAAAGAUCGACCCCAAGAUCGAGCCGAUGGAGUACGACUUCCACACGGAGCAGACGGUCAGGGGGGCCAGGGCGUACUACAUGCAUUCGGUCCUGCACGACUGGACGGACGAGGUGGGCAGGGGCAUCCUGUCGCGCGUCACGGCGGCGAUGAAGCCGGGCUACAGCAGGCUCUUGGUCAACGAGAACGUGCUGCCCCCGACGGGGGCCAACUGGCAGACGACGGCGCUGGACAUGAUGAUGAUGACGCUGUUCUCGUCGAGGGAGCGGACGGAGGAGCAGUGGCGCAGGCUGCUGGAGCCGGCGGGGCUCAGGAUCAUCAAGAUCUGGUCCCAAGGCGAGGGCGUGGAGAGUCUUAUUGAGUGCGAGUUGGCGUGA